GACCUCAAAGUGGGGGGCUUGUACCUGCUGAAGGAGGAUGGAGGACAAGGCCGGGCGCGGCAGCAUGAAGCCCCAGCUGGACAAGCUCACCCUGGGGGUCAUCCGCAUCUUAGAAGCUUCUCCAGGAGUGACCGAAGUUACAUUUGUCGAGAAGGAACCAGCAGAGCGCCACUCCAUUGUUUCGUGGGAGCAGAGGAAUGCCUGCGUGCUGCCAGAGGAUUUGAAGAAUUUCUACCUGAUGAUGGAUGGCUUCCAGCUGACGUGGAGCGUGAAGAUGGACGAUAACCCCAUACCACUGGGCUCCAUGACGAUCAAUGGCAUCUCCAAGCUGAACCGCCUGGGCACGGCGCCGGUUUACGCCUUACCCAACAUGCCAACUCUUGCCGACUUGGAGGACACAGACGAGGAGGGAGAAAAAGGAAACCAGGAACAGCCAGAAAAGCCUCAUUUGGACUCCCGUAGUCUGAUCUUUGAGUUAGACCCGUGCGGCGGGAAUGGGAAGGUCUGCCUCGUGUACAAGAACACCAAACCAGUGGUUGCCCCGGAUUCUGAGAUCUGGUUUCUGGACAGAGCCCUCUACUGGCAUUUUCUAACCAAAACCUUCACCGCCUACUACCGUCUCUUGAUCACCCACCUGGGGCUCCCGCAGUGGCAGUACGCCUUCACCAGCUACGGGAUCAGCCCCCAGGCAAAGCAAUGGUUCAACAUGUACAAACCGAUCACCAUCAACACGGCACAGCUCUCGGAGGAGACGGAUUCCUUUGUGAACAAGCUGGACCCCAGCAAGAUUUUUAAAAGCAAGAACAAAACGCCGGUCAUCAAGAAGAAACUGCCGACCCAGCCGCCCACCACCCCGAAAGGCCAAACGGGGGCAGCCUCCAAAACCCCAUCACAGGCCGGAAGCUCCUCGAGGAGAUGAGGACCCAGGGCUGACUCUCUCUUCCAGGCCACACAAAAGCACGGGAGCCCCUCAAGAUACUUCGGUCCGCUCAGCCCACAGCUGCAUGCCCGUGUGUGGCUAACUAGACACAGGACCCGGCACAGUCUGCAAAUAUUUAUGUUAAACUAUUUAUUUAAGAAACCUCGGAGCCCUGACUUAUUUAUCUAAUUUAUAUUCCACUCUUCCCUCAAGCGGGCUCAGUGUUUGGCUAGUUAGCUUCAGGACCUGCCACAGGCUCCAGAUCUUUAAGUUAAAGUAUUUAUUUAAGAAAACUCCAAGUUCUGAUGGGAUUUCCUUUAUGCCAGAUGUGCCCGGUACUUUUCAUGGCAGUGGGGGAGGUAUUGCUGCGA